AUGGAGUGUGUGGGCAUGGACAUCCUGAGCCACUUUCCCACCACCGACCAGGGGAACUGCUCCAUCCUUGUGGCCAUGGACUACAUCACCAGGUGGCCAGAAGUGUAUGCGGCUCCCAUUUGGGAUUCACCUAAGGAGCUGCACAGUGACCAGGGGUGGGACUUUGAAGCUGGCGUGUUCAAUGCCGCCCCUUUGGAGGAGGAUGAUAAGAUUGUUGGCGGGUAUGAGUGUAGGAAGAACGCUCUGCCUUACCAGGUGUCUCUGAGCUCUGGCUACCACUUCUGUGGAGCUUCCCUGAUCAGCAACCUGUGGGUUGUGUCUGCUGCCCACUGCUACAAGUCCCGCGUCCAGGUGCGUCUGGGCGAGCACAACAUUGCUUCCAAUGAGGGCACUGAGCAGUUCAUCAACUCUGCCAAGGUCAUCCGCCACCCAAGGUACAACGGCAACAACCUGGACAACGACAUCAUGCUGAUCAAGCUGAGCAAGCCCGCUUCCCUCAACAGCUACGUGAAAACCGUGGCCCUGCCCUCCAGCUGUGCCAGCUCUGGAACCCGCUGCCUGGUCUCUGGAUGGGGCAACACCAGUGGAAGUGGCAACAACUACCCCGACCGUCUGAGGUGCCUGGAUCUCCCCAUCCUCAGUGACAGCUCCUGCAGAAGCGCCUACCCCGGUCAGAUCACUUCCAACAUGUUCUGCGCUGGAUUCAUGGAGGGAGGCAAGGACUCUUGCCAGGGUGACUCUGGUGGCCCCGUGGUGUGCAACGGUGUGCUGCAGGGUGUUGUGUCCUGGGGAUACGGCUGUGCCAUGAGGAACAAGCCCGGUGUCUACGCCAAGGUAUGCAACUACAACUCCUGGAUCAGCAGCACCAUGUCCUCCAACUAAACUUUGUGUAGGAUAUGAUAAUAUGCAUUGAAGCUCAUACCAACAGCUCUUUAAAUACAUGUCAAUAAA